CUGAGAAAUCCGUUCUGACCAAUCAUAUUUGAGACGUUGUGAUUUUCAGCCAAUCGUCUUUAGCUAUAUGGCGGUUUGAAAAUGUUUUAGGAAGUGGUUUUGUCGCUUAGGUAAACAAACCUAGCUUAGCAAGCUAAGCCUUGUUGCAGUGGUCGAGAUAUUGUACAGUUGUACAAUGUGUUUUUCUGCCUUUUAGAUCGUGGACGGCUAGAUAUCAUCAAAACAGGACCCGGCGUUUUAAAGGAGCAUUACACGAGGAGUCCUCAUACUGCUACAAUGUCUACUUCAAAUUUCAAGAAUAAAUGUGUGACACAAGUCAACUGUAUAUACUGUGACAGUCUGCUGUGUAUGAGAGGGAUGAAAGCUGUGCUGUUAGCCGAUACGGAAAUCGAGUUGUUCUCAACCGACAUACCACCAAACAGGACUGUUGAUUUUGUAGCAAGCUGCUAUUCCACUGACAGCUGCAAAUGCAAGUUGAGAGACAUUGCUUGUUUGAAAUGUGGAAAUGUUGUGGGAUAUCACGUGGUGGCCCCAUGCAAACCCUGCUUGCUGUCCUGCAACAAUGGUCACUUUUGGAUGUUCAACAGUGAGGCUGUGUCCACCAUCAAUAGACUGGAUGCAACAGGACAAAACUUGCUGCUGUGGGGAGAUCUACCAGAACUGGAGGGCAGUGAUGAUGAUGAUGAUAGUCUGGACAGCUUUUCAGAAGAAGAGUACCUUAGAUAGAAACAAAAAUGGUGAAAGCACUUUGAAUUUGACAGUAGCUGACUUGCCCCCUUAAUUUGCGGAGUUCCCCGUCAAUAUUUUUAGUUUGAUAUUUCCUUCAGCACCCCUUCAGAUUAUUUUGUAUGACAGAGUGGCACUACCAAAGAAGUAAGGUUUCAUUUUCUGGUUGCAGUAGCACAUUGACAUUAAUUAUUAACAUUUUGAUGUUAUCUGCAUGAUGUCUUUUUACAGCCUUUAACAAACUGUAGAUUGCGAAGGCAGUAUUACAUCAGUUUGAGGUGUUGAUCCAGGUUGUUUGCUUUGGUACAAAUGCAUUUUGGGAGUCCACCAAGGAUAGAUAGCUAGAUAGAUAGAUAGAUAGAAGGCUAAAAUUAUUUGCAAAUUGGAUGCUGGUUUCACAAGUUAAACCUUAUGUCUAGACAGUGUUGUAGGAAGAAAUCCCUUUUACCAUGUUUUAAUGGUUUCUAAAUAUUUUGUUAAUUUAAAUUGAAUGCUACUGACUUAUACUCUUAAAGGUGCAAUGUGUAACUUUUAGAAGGAUCUCUUGAUGGAAAUGCAAUAUUAUAUACAUAAUAGGGAUGGGACGAUAUGAACAUCUCAUAUCAUGAUUAUAGUGACCAAAGUUAUCAAUAUUAUCAUGGUUUUGUUAAAAUGAGAUGGAAAUGUUCAAAAAGAACUGAUACACACACUGAAAACAUUUGUUUUAUUUUUGAAUAUUACAAUUUAAUAUUUCAUGUCACUGAAAUUAUUUAUGUGGUAAAAAAUAAAUAAAUCUGUCUAAUAAGUUUAACAUGAAUGAUGAAUACAAUACAUUAUCCCUUAAAUACCUUCUUUUGCAAAAAACUAUGUUGCAUGUGCACGCCUGUGUCAAACUGAUUCUGCCUGGACAGAAUUUACCGCAAGUUUUUAAAAUCACGGUAAUCAAACACGUUUGUAUUGAUAAUUAAAUUUUAAUUGAUAAUACUAACCCUCAGGACAUUUUAUCGUGGUUAACCGUGAAACCGGUAAUCGUCCCAUCCCUAAUACAUAACUAUAUUAUCAGUGGUGUAUAAAGACUUUACAUAAUGAACUGUAUUGUUUUAAUUACCUUAGAAUGAGCCAUUUUUAUCUACAUACACCACUGGUUUUCUUACAUGAGAGUCACAGUCAUGUUUCUAUAGUAGCCCUAAACGGACAAACUGUUCUACAGAGCGCGUUUUGUCCCUACGUUGUCUCAGACAAUGACAUGUUUGUUCUGUGGCAGCUACCGUAGCUUCUCUAUGCGUUUUGAAAUUGUGACUGGUUGCAAUUCACAAUCCAACAGCUAGAUGCCGCUAAAACCCCAUACUGUACCUUUAAGCUGAAUAUCAAUCUGCAUAAUGUUGAACUGAUACAUAAUAGUACUUUUAUUCUAAACAGGACAUAUUCAUGCGUAGUCCUAUAAUUCUAUAAAGUCCUAUAACUUAUUAUAUUAAGAUUUUAUUCCUUACGCAGCUUUGAUGUGAAGUGGCACAAAAUCACAUGGCAGCUCUGAGUAGUUAGAUCUCAGCCAAAUAACAUUUCAUGGGAUUUCAACUUAAAAAAAAUUCUUGUUUUGAUGACAUACUGUGGUACUUUGCUCACUCUUUUCAUUUAGUGCUGUUUUUUAGUUUGAUGUAUUUGUGUCUUAAGAACUCCUUUGUUUUCAAACUAUAUUUUACUGUUUGUCAGAAGGUAUAAGAAAGAAUCUGCUCUUAAUGACUGGUGGCAUUUUUGCAUGACACUGUGUGAUAUACUUGGCAUAGUAUAUUUCAGCUUUCUAAUUUUGCUUCUUUUUACUUUCAUGAAAUUUGAUAUAAUUACAAAGACGUGAAGUCAAUCAGUAGCAGUUUUUUCACUUCCAUGUUUACAAUUUCACUGUGUAAUUCUACAGCAUUUCAUAUUUAAAAUAGUAUGAUUAUGAUGCCCCACUGUAAAUGUGUACCAUAUUUUCCAUUAUAUUGUAUUGGAGGUUUUGCAUUGUCAGUAUAAACAAUAGCAGAAAGAAUGCGCAAACAUUAAUGUGAUAGCUUUCAGGUGUAGCAUUUUUUAGGGUUUGGCUUUUUUAGGUUUCAAAGCAAUCUAAAGUAUGCAUAUACGACCAAAAUGAUACAAGAAAAUUAUGAAAUGUGUUUAAAUAUUUAACUUAUUAUGGAGAAUUUAUUUGAUUUCAGUUAUCUAUGUUUUGAAUGUAUUUAUUAACAGACAUGAUACUGUAUUUAUACUGACAUGAUUUCAUUUGCAUCAUGUGUGAGGAUGAGACAAAACGAUUUAACUUUUGAUCUGCACUGACAAAAGUUGUUGGUUUGAAUUUUCGGUUGUUUUGUAUGCUGAAUGUCUUGAUAUUAAACUUUUUAUUGUGGA